AUGUUUGUAGCCAGAGAUUGUUAUAAUUCGUCUGGCGGAUCCUUGAACAACAAUGAUCCUUGGCUCAUUCUUCCCGAUUUCCCCAUAUCUUCUGCCAAGAACAAAUUUAUCGCCGUGGGAUGCGACACGUACGCGACCUUCAGCGGAAGCACGUAUGUGACGGGGUGCUUGUCCUCAUGCGGCAACAUCUCGGACGUGAUUAAUGGGUCGUGCUCAGGCAUUGGUUGCUGCGAGACUAGCAUACCUCGAGACGCCUACCGAUACAACAUCUCUGUCACUAGCUAUAACAAUCAUGUCGGCAUCUGGGAAUUCAAUCCAUGCGGAUACGCUUUCGUUGCCGAAGACGGCUUUAGCUUCUCUAAGGACAAUCUGCACGAGCUGCCAUUUGAUAUGGUCCCUAUAGUUGUCGAUUGGUUAAUUCCAGAUCAAACAUGCGAUGAUGCAAAGAAGAAUACAACGACCUACAUGUGCCAAGAGAACUCCAUUUGUACAGAUGCUGAGAAUGGAAACGGCUACCAGUGCCGCUGCUCGGAGGGUUUUCAAGGGAAAUUUCCUAUCUCCAAAAUGGUUGUCAAGACAUCCCUUGAGAGUUGUGCCGUUGUUGUGCUCAUUGGCGGCUCUAUUCUCAGUAGUUACGGCGGAUGUAGUCAAACAACAAAGCCCGGAUGCACGAACAGAUGUGGCAACCUCACCUUCGCGUACCCAUUUGGGAUGAACAACACCGGCAACGACUGCUACUUCAAAGAAUCAAACUCUUUCUUCAUCUUUUGCGACAACUCGACUGGCACUCCCACUCCUUAUAUGUACGCCAGAGAUUGUUAUAAUUCGUCUGGCGGAUCCUUGAACAACAAUGAUCCUUGGCUCAUUCUUCCCGAUUUCCCCAUAUCUUCUGCCAAGAACAAAUUUAUCGCCGUGGGAUGCGACACGUACGCGACCUUCAGCGGAAGCACGUAUGUGACGGGGUGCUUGUCCUCAUGCGGCAACAUCUCGGACGUGAUUAAUGGGUCGUGCUCAGGCAUUGGUUGCUGCGAGACUAGCAUACCUCGAGACGCCUACCGAUACAACAUCUCUGUCACUAGCUAUAACAAUCAUGUCGGCAUCUGGGAAUUCAAUCCAUGCGGAUACGCUUUCGUUGCCGAAGACGGCUUUAGCUUCUCUAAGGACAAUCUAUCAAACAUGCGAUGA